AUGUUAUCAAGAAUUUAUUCAACAAUUAUUCUUGGUAUUAAUAUACUUCUAGGUCUUGUUUUACUUUGUUUUAAUACAGAAUUUUAUCAUAAUCCAUCAUGGAUAAUAACAAUUGAACAAGAACAAAAACAUUUAUUAAAUUGGAAUAUGGGAUUUGCAUUAUUUAUUAUUUUCUAUAAUCUGAUUUUACUUCUUCUAAUUGAUAGUUUAUUACUUUCAAAAGAAGCAAAUUUCUUUUUUAUAUAUGGAUUUAUUUGUUCUGUUUGUCUAUUAGCAAUACAUAUAAUGAAUACUAUUCUACUUGUGUUUAUUUCAAGUGAAGUUCAUUUACCAAAAUCUUCUUCAUUAUAUAUUAAUAUUUCAUUGUUUUCAUUAGUAUUUGUUUCUAGUCUAUUCGAUUGGUUAUUAUGUUAUGAUUUGUGUUUCUAUAAUAAAUGUUAA